GACUUUUGGCACCUGGCACCUGGCACGCAUGGUUGUUUUGUUAUCGAUUGCUUACCCAUUUGAAAGCGCCAGUUUCCUGGGCAACAGUCCAUCAUUGCGCCAAUCAAUCGGCGAGCUAUUUGGUCAGUAGUUGGAUUUGUACUCCUUGUUCCAAAGUUGGACGCCUGAGAUUUUCACCAGCGGUUGCGUAAGGGGAGCACAAGAGUAUGUCGAACUUGCUGAACACCAUCCUUGCUGUGGACAAGGAGCAGGAGCUGCUGCAGAGCUUCAUCCGCACAGGAGCGGCGGCGGAGGAGGAGUCCCAGGACGAGACCAAUCGACGCUCCAAGGGUCGCUCCCAUAAGCCGCCCAUCUGGGAGAGGCGUGAGUCGACGGAUGGUCGCGGUGGACGUGGUGCCGGACGGGAUGGCAAGCAGGCGGAUGACGGAGGAGCCGGCGGAGGAGCAGGUGGCGACGGUGCCGGAGGUAAGCGGGGCAAUCGCAUCGAGGCCGAGUUGAGGGCUGCCCGCAAGAAGAUCGAGGAGCAGAUCGCCAAGAAGAAGAAGCCCAAGGAGAACUUCGUGGACUUCUACACGGACAAGGAUCGGGCGGCCGCCGUCAGCGCCGGCGCUUUCGACAUUAAGCAAAGUCUGCAGAUCAAGCAGAAACAAGACCGCAACGAGGCCCUCCUCAUCCCCGACGAGGCGGACAUCAGCUCGGUGAUCGCACUGGGCCUCAAGGAGAUCAAGAACGCCAAUCCCGAAAACGCCAUCCACUUCUUUUGCAAGGCCCUCGAGCUUAAUAGCACCGACAUCAACGCCUUGAUUUCGCGCAGCAAAUGCUACUUGCUGCUGGGCGAGGCCUCCAAAGCUCUGCAGGAUGCGGAGACGGCUCUGGGGGAGGACAAGAACAACAUUCGGGCCAUCUACCAGAAGGCCGAGUCGCUCUACUACCUGGGUCAGUUCGAGCAGAGCCUGAUGUUCUUCCACCGCGGCUUGCGAGCCCGUCCCGAACUGGCCCUCUUCCGGCUGGGCGUUCAAAAGACGCAGGAGGCCAUCGAGAACACGAUCGGCAGCAAGCCGGGUCCAGUGGGAGCAGCGCCAUCCUCAUCCGCUCCCAAGAGUGGUAAGUCCCGGAAGUCCGGCGAAGACACGCCCAAGUCUCAGCCAGCAGGAGCAAUCGGAAGCAGUGCCAGGACUCGCCAGAAACCCAGUCGAGCGGACCUGGAGCGACGAAACGCCCGCAAGCUGCUGGGCGAGCUGUGCGUGGACAAGGAGUACCUGGAGAAGCUGCUGCUCCAUCCGGACCUGGUGCGAGCGGACACCCACACGGAAAGCAUAUCCGCCUACGCGCGAGAGGCGGUGGAGUUCCUCAACAAGCGGCAGGAGUUUUGGCGCCAACAGCGUCCUUGCACGGCGCUGCCCAAUCACAAGAAUCUGCCCCACGACGCCCUGCCCAAGUGGUUCUAGUGGCGCCAGCUCUCCCAGGUUUCCUCAGAGUUCCAGCUUGCGGUGUUAAGUUUCUGUUUGCGUUGAGUCAACUUGCUGAUCUAAAAUUGAAUUGAAUAAAUUAUUGUUAGU